AUGGCAUUGAGAGAGCCUCCAACAGAAGCUCCAUCGCACCAAGCGUCGGAUGCGCGACUGUCAGAAAAGAUGGACAAUGAUCCAACAUUGACGUCUUCGAGUCAAGAUACGAAGCUAGAUGGUGAACUUGAUGGCAACCAAAGCCCAGAAACGAAAGAACUCACUAGCGUAUUUCCCGCCAAAGAUGAAAGCCCAGAACCAGUAUGGGCUCAUGGCCUUCAACUUUGGGUCAUCAUGGUCGCCGUGACUCUAGUUGUCUUUCUCAUGCUACUCGAUAGGACUAUUAUUGUCGCUGCUUUUAAGCCCAAGUGGACCUUCCUCGUAUUCUUCAUCAUAUUUGAAAUCGGCUCCUUACUUUGCGGGGUUGCGAGGUCUUCGCCUAUGUUGAUUGGAGGAAGAGUAGUUGCUGGCGCAGGAGCUUCUGGAAUGUUCAAUGGAUCCCUGAUUAUUAUUGCGGAAAGCGCUCCUAUGGAGAAAAGACCAACUCUAACUGGAAUUGUAAUGGGUCUUGGGCAACUUGGUCUAGCUAGCGGUCCAUUAUUAGGUGGCUUGUUCACUGAAUUCAUCACUUGGAGAUGGUGUUUCUAUAUCAAUCUUCCCAUUGGUGCUUUGGUGGUUGCACUAAUAGGCUUUGUCCGCAUCCCCCAACAACACCCUAGACCUCUUCCAAUGUCCGUCUUUCGAUCAUUACAUACACACCUCGAUCUUUUAGGAUUUUCCAUCUUCUCUAGCGCCUUAAUUAUGCUGCUACUUGCCUGUCAGUACGGUGGUACCAUAUAUCCUUGGAACAAUUCUCGGAUCGUCGGCCUCUUUGUUGGUUCUGGGGUCACAUUCAUUGUUUUCCUAGCCUGGAAUUACUAUAAAGGCGAUGAAGCUCUGAUUCCGAUAUCGAUCGCCUGCAUGAAAACCGUUUGGACGAGUUGUAUAGUAUAUGGAUUGAUGAUGAGUAACUUAUACCUUGCUUCUUACUGGGUACCAGAGUACUUUCAGGGAGUUAAGGGCGUUUCUCCAACCAAAAGCGGUAUCUAUCUUCUGGCAAUGAUUAUUGCUCAUGUCUUCGCUGCUCUGGCUUCAGGACCUAUUGUCGGCAUAGUAGGCUACACUAUACCGAUAGCUCUUUUCUCCUCAGUCUUGUUAUCAGUCGGUUGUGGCCUUUUUGGUACCUUCACACCUCACACUUCGGUUGGAAAAUGGCUUGGAUACCAGAUUCUCUACGGAGUCGGCCGCGGUCUUGGAAUUCAAAUGCCGAUCCUCUCGGUUCAGAAAACCGUGCCACCCAAAACUAUCCCCCUUGCUAUGGCACUCGUCACAUUCAGUCAAUCAUUUGGAGCAGCCCUAUUUCUCAGUCUUGGUGAAACUAUAUAUAGCAACAGUUUUCAAACUCUGAUUCCCCAAUACGCACCUGGAGUCAAUGCUACCAAAGUCAUUGAUGCUGGAGCUACAGCAUUCCGAGGCUUUCUUUCCGGGGACGAACUCGAGGGUGUGUUGAACGCUGAUGCCAAGAGUAUAGAUUGCAUUUUCUAUAUGGCGGCAGGGCUGGCUGCUGGUUGCUUUGUUUUUGCAUGGGGAAUGGGAUGGAAGGAUUUGCGAGCGAAGAUGCACGUGUCGAAGGUUUAG